AUGAGGUUUGCCCUGUUAGCCCUUGUGGGUGUAGCCCUCGGGCUCCACACCACAUUGGAUCAAGUCCUUCUUAAGCCACGUACUGAGUACAUCUUCCGCUUUGAAGGAGAUGUUCACACCGGCAUACCUCUACCAACUGAUACCGAAAUCUCCCGAUUCGAGGCGAUGGUCCACGUUCAGACUCCCGAUGAUCACACCGCUAUCCUCAAGUUGAGAGAUGUCCGCUUUGCCACAGGUAUGGAUGAACGCAAGGAGACCUUCAAGAGCAUUGAGGACUUGAAACUCCGCACCAUCGCCAGGGAGCAUCUCGAGCUUCUUGAGCUGCCGGUGAGAUUUGUUUACAGAAACGGCAUGGUGUCCGAAUUGCAGUUCCACAACAACGAUGAGACGUGGUCGAUGAACUUGAAGCGUUCCAUUAUCAACAUGCUCCAGCUUAACCUCCACAAGAUGGGGCGCACUGAUGAGACUGAAAUGGAAAGAUAUGAGAACGUACACGAACUCAAAAACGACUACUUCACCGUUAACGAGAGGACAAUUGAAGGGGACUGUGAAGUAGCUUAUACUAUUGUCAGAAAGGAAGAAGAUGUCACUGAGGUGACCAAAUCCGUCAACUUCAACAAAUGUUCGCGCCGCCCGCACACCAUGUACAACUUCCGCUACCUGACUGAGUGCCGCGACUGCAAGGAGAAAAACAUCCUUGAACCAAGCACUGUCUACACCUACUUGCUAGGAAGGGAAGGCAUUAAGAACGUUGAAGUUCGUUCCAUCUACACUUUCACCAUGGAAAAUCAGCCAGUGAUGAAGACUGAGAUUCGUGCUCACAUCACUCUCGAAGACAAGCACGAAAUUCAGAGAGAGUUUGAAUGGAGCGACGCCAAGAAGGAAAAUCUUAUUUACUCCAACGAAAUCGAAAAGAACAUCGAACGAUUCUACAUGGAGGGGGAUGAGGUCGAGGUUCUUCCCUACAAGAACAUCCACAAUAAGGUUGAGGAGAUUCGAAAAAUUAUCGAGGACAUCAGAGAAAUGAGAGAAAACAAGAAGGAAACCACACACCUACUUGCUCGUCUCGUUUCCGUAUUCCGCAUGUGCACAAUUCAUGAGCUCAAGGAAAUUCACGAACGAAUUUACAAGAACGGCGAUGAAACUCCUUAUCCAUCCCACAAGAUUGUAGAGGAAUUACUUCACUUCGUAGAAACUGAGGUUGUCAGGCGUUCACCUGUUAUUCGUCAAGCUACCUGGCUUACCAUCGGAUCUAUGAUGCGAGGAGUUGUUGGACACAUCAAGGACGAAACAAUAAUGAGGGAAAGACUGGUCCGUAUGCGAGAGGAAGAGAGAAGCGACCUUAAGCGCAGAUAUCUUCAAAUAUUCAGGAGGGAAUACGAUAAGGCUAGGACAAUUUACGAAAAGGUGCUGUGCCUCAAAUGGCUUGCCAAUGCCGGAAUCGACCUUUCUGCUUUUGAACUUGAGAGGAUCAUCAUGAACAAGCGUGAAGAGCUGCCUGUUCGCAUGGAAGCCAUUGAUGCCCUUCGCCUUCUUAGAGAAGUGAUGCCACGCAAGAUUCAGUCUAUUCUUAUGCCAAUUUACAAGGACCGCCAUGAGGAGCCAGAACUGAGAAUGGCUGCACUUGUCCGCAUUAUGCACACUCUUCCACACCAGCCUGUGAUUGUCCAGAUCAUCUCUACAAUGGAGCGUGAGCCAAAUCAUCAUGUUGCAACCUUCACCUAUGAUUUGCUCAAGUCCUUCGUCCACUCUACCCAUACCUGCUACAAGAAGCUCGCCAAAGAGAUUCGCCCUCUUCUCAGCAUGACCCGCUAUGUGCGUGGAGACCGCAUGCUCACAAGCACUUACAAGUACAUCCCAAUGUUCACAGAGGACAUGUUGAGUGGCCUCAACAUGGACUUCGCCACCAUCUUUGGAAAGAACUCUGUGUGGCCUAAGGAGGUCAUGAUGUCUCUUGACACUGUCUUCAACGGAAUGUGGAAUAAGUAUCUGUUCCAGCUUGGAUUCUCACAGCAAAACAUUGAAAAAUUGCUUGAGAAAAUUACUCGCAAGCUCGUGAGAAUGGAAACGGAAGUAGACAACGUUGUUCGUGGACGCCGCAUCCGCGAAUCUAUGAACAUCCUCAAGGAGAUUGCCAAGAAGCUCAACAUCCGUCCACGU